UCAGUUAAGCUAGGAUAGUAAAGGAAAGAGGUUGCUAAAUCAUAAACAAAAUUUACGAACAUUAUUUUGCAGAUACUAUGGAUGCGAAAAUACCAUUUGCAUUCCAACUUUCGUUUAUAGGCUUUUGUCUAAUGAUAUCAUUCACAUAUAUACAAAUGGGAGACUGUGCUGAAGUUUCUAAUACCAAAAAUGAACUUGCCGAGGACAUUUUCAGUACGCUUCAAUCACUUCGGAGUGAAGUACAAAGUCUAAAGGCACAGAUUGCUGUUGAGGGGGAAAGAAACAUUUCCCCGGAAGAGAGACGGGUUUCGAAGAAAAAGCGAGUGGCUUUUUAUGCAAGAGUUUCACCAUCCAUUACUAAAAUUGCGGCCGAGGACACGAUCGUUUUUUCUCUCGUGGAAACAAACAGUGGCGAAGCAUAUAAUCCUUCAACUGGCGAAUUCAAAGUGCCUUUUGCUGGAACAUACGUUUUCUUUUCGAAUAUCUUAUCUGGAUCUGGAAAGUUUAUUGAAACCUGCCUGAAGGUUAAUGGGAAAAUCAGGAUGCUCAUGUACUCUGGUGGUAAAUAUUGGGGUUCAGGGAGCAAUAUGGCAGUUCUUGAACUAAAGGCUGGAGAUAUCGUCAAUAUAGCUAAAAAAGGUCCCUGGGGAACGCCUCCGUUGUAUAUACACCAUCUAUGGAGUACAUUUUCCGGCUUUUUACUUUACUAAGGUUUUCUACGAACAAUUUACUUUUACGCGUUUCUUUAUCUAUAUAAUAUGCUUCUAAUUGAAAAGAAACAACAGAUAACUCAAGUCGAAACGUGCAAAAUCAAUUACCCUGGGAAGAAACAUUGUUACAACAUACAACACUACAUUUUAAAACUUUCGUGAAAUAAAAUACGGACAAUGUGCAAGAAAAAGGAUUCAAUUUUGUAUGGAAUAUUAUUUCAAUGAUUUAGUGACAUGCAAAGUAUAAAACCAUCAGAUGUAGUGUAUAAAUGAUAAAAGUUGAAACUAUUGCUUCUUAUCAUUUUUAAAGCGUUUCAUUGCCAGAAUAUUUUACUUUUUGCUUGUAAAUAUAAUCAAAUCGUAUUUUGUUUUCAUAUAUUAACCAACUAUUGUAAAGCUUUCUUCUGAUAUGAAUAAAACAUAAUAUUUAUUAACCUAACAAA